AUGCUUCUUCCAUCUGCCCUCCCAUGCGAUGUGCGCCGGUCGUCUCGCUUCACCCCCAGUCGCCUCUUCUCGACUCCUCCUCCUCCAGACAGAGGAAACCAAGCCGGCAACGGUCUUUUCGGCACCUGUCGUGCCCUCCAAUCUUUGCUGAACGGAUCGCCGGCGCCUUCGCCGCGACGCUCCGUCAAGCCGUCACGCCUCCAGAGCCCUCUGCCCAUCAACCCGCCGCGUCGCUCAGCGCGAUCGCGCAAAGUCGCCCGGCCUGCAUCGCCGCGCCCGACUCCUCCUCCCGCUACGCUCGCUACUACACCUCCACCUCCUCCCUCUGCGCCCGCACGCGGCGCCAACAAGCGCCGGCGCUCUCUCGACUAUGACGACGGCGACGUGAACAUGAGCCGCGGGCACGAUCGCCCAUCGACCCCGAAACGCCAACGACAAGUGCCAUACGAGCUGCCGCUUGGCCUCACCACGUCGGACUUUUAUUCCAUACGCUCUCCUCCCAUCACACAAUCUCCUCCCUCUCCCGCCCAGCGCCGUCUCCACGAGCGCCUCCAAGAGUUUGGUGCGCGCAUCGAUCCUGAUGCUCCUCUUCCCUCAAUUGAGGAAAGCGAGCCAUCUACCUCAGAGCCCUCUGCUGAGAAAUGGUCCGCCGAUGAAGAUCAGCGCCUUCUUGAGGUCGUCCUGGAGAAGUUCCGUCUCUCCCAAAAAGAAUGGGACGAUUGUGCGCGCCAGAUGGGCCGCCGCAACAGCGGCGACGUCGGACGACGAUGGAACUCUUUUGUCAAAGAGGGCCGCGUUGGACUUCGACGCGCUCGCCGUUGA